AAAGCUUGCCCUCCUCCCUUCCUUAUCCUCUCUCUCUACUCCUCCCAUGAAAAAUUCUCAAACAAAUUAAUUCCAGCAAAAGAAAAACACACCCUACUCUACUCUUAUAUAUAUAUAUAUAUAUAUAUAUAUAUAGAAGAUAGAUAUAUAUAUAGGCUAGCUAGCCAGAGCGUAAGAGAGAGACAGAGACAGAGACAGAGACCCACCAUAAGAUUAAAUUAAACCCUCACUCACUCACUCACUCACUCACAAUCCUUUCAUCAAAAACCAUUACUACUCUUUUCAAGUCCACCCCCGGCACCUAUUUCCAUGCGAUCAUGGAAGGAGGUGAUGAGCUCCACCGCCCUAAUUUCCCAUUCCAAUUGCUAGAGAAGAAGGAAGACGACCCAUGUUCCACCUCCUCCGGAUACCCUUCCCUUGCCAUCUGCCCCGUCGAACCCAACGCCAUCCAAACCGCUGGCGGCGGAAGCGCCUCCGCAGAACCCUCCAAGAAGCCACCCCCGAAGAGAGCUUCUACCAAGGACCGACACACCAAGGUCGACGGCAGAGGCCGCCGUAUCCGAAUGCCGGCACUCUGCGCCGCUAGGGUCUUCCAGCUCACGCGCGAACUGGGUCACAAGUCCGACGGCGAGACCAUCGAGUGGCUGCUCCAGCAAGCCGAGCCGGCUGUGAUCGCCGCCACUGGCACCGGCACCAUCCCCGCCAACUUCACGUCUCUGAAUAUAUCUCUCCGGAGCUCCGGCUCCAGCAUGUCCGUUCCCUCCCAACUACGAUCCUCCUACUUCAGUCCCAAUUACUCGAUGCAGCAACAAAGCCGACGGAGCUUGUUUCCCGGUAUCGGAUUAUCCUCCGACAGCGGCACGUCGACGCUCCUCAAUUUUCAGUCUUCCGGCGGCAUGAACUCCAUGCUACAAGCGAAGCAAGAGUUGCGCGACGCCACGUCAUCUUUGGACUUGUCAGAGACGACGGAGGAGAGCAUGGGAGGAGGGAGGAAGCGGAGGCCGGAGCAGCAGGACUUAAUGUCGCAGCACCAAAUGGGUAGCUACUUGAUGCAGUCGAGCACCGGGGCAAUUCCGGCGAGCCACGGUCAGAUUCCGGCCAAUUUCUGGAUGGUUGCUAAUUCCAAUAACCAGGUUAUGAGCGGUGACCCUAUAUGGACGUUUCCUUCCGUUAACAACAGCGCUGCUGCUUUGUAUAGGGGCACCAUGUCAAGUGGGUUACAUUUCAUGAAUUUCCCUCCCCCGGUGGCCCUAAUGCCUGGCCAACAACUAGCCUCAGGAAUUGGCGGCGGUGGCGGCGGUGGUGGCAGUGGGGGUGGUAAUAGUAUGAGCGAAGGCCACUUGAAUAUGCUUGCUGGGUUCAAUCCUUAUCGGCCUAUUUCCGGUACAAGUAUAUCAGAGUCGCAGGCGAGCGGUUCCCAUUCGCAUCACGGUGGCGGCGGCGGCGAUGACCGGCACGACACAACUAGCCACCAUUCAUAGACCAU